AUGCAUUUCUGUCCAAUAGUAUUUCUUGAUACGACUUUAUUUGUGCACUUGCAUAUCCUAGUUAACCGCCCAUAAAACGAAGAGACCCCUCCUCUCCCUCUCAUCAAUCAAUCAUCCUCUCUACUCAUACUCCAUAAACCCAUAAAAUGCCCACCCCAAAGCGCGUAAUCCUCCGCCUCAGCUCAACUGAUUUCAACGCCUUCGACAUGUACGAAGCAGUCCGCGCCUAUCUCGAGCGCCACGACCGCUCCCCCACAGAACUCGAAGGAUACCGUCACUGGGUCCAUGUCCGACCGUCCUAAGAUGUAUUUUAUUGUUGAUCUGGAGAUGGAUGGGUAUGGUGGGGAUGAGAGGGGGAGGGUUGAGAGGGAUUUUCCGCAUGAGUUGUUUGGGGUGAGGAGGGGGGAGGAUGGGCGGUUGGUUUGAGUUGGUUUGAGUUGGGUUGCUAAUAUGGAUUUUCUUUUAGGAGUCUCUUUUGGUUGGAAGAAUGAGCUGUAUUAUCAGAAUCUUCUUCGGAAGGUUCGCGAGGUCACUGGUGAGUCGUAUGUUUGGGGGAUGAAUGAGCGGGAGAAACGGAUACGUGAUCGAGUAUUAGCUGAGGUCGUAGUCAGGGUUGUCUGGAGGCGAAGGUAAAGAAGUUGAACAUCAAUGAUUUGUUCUCGGUGGCCCUCUUUCGGCAGAUUGGGGUCAUUUGUACAGAGGUUGUUAGCUAGCGAAUCGAUGGGGUUGAGCAAAA